AUGCCUGGUGGCGUGGUGCCUCCACUGGAGCUGGUGCUCCAAUGGCAGACCGACGCCUAUCCGCACGGCAUUCGCGCCCCGCCUACCCUGACCAUCAUCAGUUGCGUUUUCUGCGCCCUCUCGCUGGCCAUUGUCGGAUUCCGCCUGUACGACCGCGCUUUCAUCAGGCAUAAUGCCGGUCUGGACGACACUCUCAUUGCUGUGGCUUUGCUUCCGCAAAUGGGGCUUUGCGCUACCAUCUGCCUUGCUGAACAGUUCUACGGCUUCGACCGCCAUGCCUGGGACAUCACGCCAGAUAUGGCACCACGCAGCAGGAAGGUCACGCUGGCCAUAUCCUUGCUCUAUAUUUCCAGUACGACCUUGACCAAGAUCUCGAUUCUGCUCUUCUACCGCCGAUUGGGCAAGAUCCGUCAGUGGUUCAAGUGGACCAUCUGGGCAAACAUGGCCUUCAUCAUUGCCUACGCAGUCACGUUCAUCAUUGCCCUACCCUUGGAAUGCUCGCCAGUGAAUGCCUUCUGGGACAAGGUCAACCCGCUUUGGGCCAUGAAGCACGAGUACACGUGUGUCAACGAAGGCGCAGGAAAUAUCGCCAACGGUGCCAUCAGCGCCUUCCAGGACUUCGUCGCCUGUAUCCUGCCCAUGGCCAUCUUCUGGGACCUCCGCAUCUCCAACCGCGCCAAGAUGGCCCUCGGCUUCGUCUUCAGUCUCGGAAUAAUCACCUGCAUCUGCGGCAUCCUCCGCACCAUCCAGCUCCACCGCAUCUUCUUCAAGACGUACGACACGACGUGGGACGCGCGCUGGGCCUUCGCGCUGACGCUGGUCGAGUCGUCGCUGGGGCUGAUCUGCGCCUCGAUCCCGGCGCUCAAGGGCAGCCUGUCGCGCAUCUUCUCGUCCUUCAUCAAGCCGCUCAAGUCGUCGGCCAACCGCAACAGCCGCAUGCUCAACCGCCGCCGCUGGACCCAGAACCCCUUCUUCUUCGCCAGCCUCAAGCGCUCCUCGCAGAUGUACAACGUCAACUGGAGCGGCGAGACGCACACCAACCGCCGCCCGGACGGCGGCAUCGCCGCGCCCCAGAACACCUACGUCGAGGUGCCCAUCUUUUCGCCCACUUCGCCCACCUACGCCGACUCGGUGCCCUGCACCCCCUGCACACCAACCACGCCCAACACACACCACUCCGGGUCCGAGUUUGAGUUGGCACCGAAGAACAAGAUGGAGGUGUGA